CCCGGUGAGAAGACCUUCAUCUCAGCUCCUCCUCCUCGUCCAACAGAACCAAUCCGAAAAGAGCUUUGUGGUUCUUUGGCUAGGGAAAUAAAGGGAGGGGGUGAGAAAAGCUGCGCUGAAAGAUUUUGCACCAUGAGCCGGGCCUGGGCUGUGAUCAAGGCCCAUCCGUACAUCAGUAACGUCCUGGGAUACACAACGCUGUUUGCCUCUGCCGACUUAAUACAACAGCGCGUGCUGGAUGCGGGAUCCAAGUCAGAGGAUUCGGUCGCCAUCGACUGGCGUCAGACGGCUCGGGUGGCAACAGUGGGCUUCUGUUUCCAUGCCAACUUCAACUACCACUGGCUCCGAGGGCUGGAGAGGAUGCUGCCCGGAGGCGGAGUGAAGGCAGUGACAGGGAAGGUUGUGGUGGAUCAGCUGGUCGCAGCUCCUCUCACUAUCAGUGCCUUUUAUAUUGGUUUAAGUCUAUUAGAAAACAAAGAUGACCCACUCAAAGACUGGAGACUGAAUUUCUGGACAUCUUACAAGACUGGAGUGGUAUUUUGGUCAACAAUGCAGGCAGUGAACUUUGCCCUCAUCCCCCCUGUGGCACGGACAGUGUUUCUGGGAGGCAUCGCACUGACUUUCACUAUCUUCUUGUGUCACCUCAGAGGGCAGAGUGGCCACAAACCUGAAUAAACUGGGAGGAAACUAGAAUGACUGUGACAUUAGAAAAAGGUUUAUUUAAGGCCAGAAUGUGUGCUCUAAAAGAUUUAGGCCUGUUGGUAUUCAUGUUCUAGUGAACAUUUCUCUGAGAGUACAAAGAAAAACCAAGCUGUUAACUCCUCAUUCAAUUAUUUCUGUGCCUUGUGAAUGACUCUGUUGAUUUUACCAAAGUCAAAAUAAA